AUGCCUGCCGGGGGAGAUUUGCAAGACUGGUUCAAGAGCCUGCCGAUCUUCACCCGAUAUUGGUUUGGGGGGACGGUGUUGUUCACGCUCUUGGGGCGAUUCGGCUUGCUCUCGCCCGCUUGGUUAGUGCUCGUCUACGAAUAUGUGGUUCACCACUUUCACAUAUGGAGACCAGUGACCGCGCUGUUCUAUUACCCGCUUACGCCCCAGACGGGUUUUCAUUUCCUCAUCAAUCUCUAUUUCCUCUACACCUACUCGCUCAGGCUGGAGACCGGUGUGUUUGAAGGCCGACCGGCGGAUUAUGCUUUCAUGUUGGGCUUUAGCUGGAUUAUGUGUGUCAUCAUUGGUCUGUUGAUGUCAUUGCCGUUCUUGAUGGACCCUAUGGUGCUGAGCAUUCUCUACGUGUGGUGCCAGCUGAACAAGGAUCAGAUCGUAUCGUUCUGGUUCGGAACCCAAUUCAAAGCCAUGUAUCUGCCCUGGGUUCUCUUCGCCUUCAACAUGAUCAUUGCCGGAGGAGGCGCCAUGGAACUGAUUGGCAUCCUCAUUGGACACGCCUACUUCUUUCUCAUGUUCAAGUAUCCUCAAGACUUCGGAGGCCCAGCUCUAUUAUCCACGCCUCAGUUCCUGUACAACUGGUUCCCCAACCAAAGAAGUGGCAUUCACGGGUACGGCCAAGCCCCAACGAGUCGACCUCCUGCUGGAGGGGGUGGAGGGGGAGGAGGAGGAGGUGGUGGUGGUGGGUUUGCCUGGGGCAAUGGUCAGAGGUUGGGUGGAAACUAAACAUGAAACUUCAACUAGCUGUCACGUGAUCUUUAAAAUACCUAUUCGCAUCGUCAACCUACUUGUCCUGUUUUUUGUUAGUAAAAAAAAACUCAAUAAAAUUCAUUCAAUGAAUAAACUCGUUAAUUUCAUUAUUACGGAAGAAAAUUCAUAAAUAACUCAAUAGAUGAAUGAGGGGCGCCUUCUUUGUUAUAUUGAACCAAUUCGAUUGUAAGGGAAAAUGGACAAAGCAAGGUAUAAUAAAUUUUGAGUCAGAAUACAUGUGAAGAAUGUGCGUAAGUUUUUGGAUGGGAAUUGUCUUUGUUUUUCACAGAUUUUCACACAUAGAAUGCAUUCAAAUAAAGGGCAAUGAUCAAAUCAAUAUCGAUGGUGCUCAUCGGAAUCUUGGACAAAAAUUCCAUGGAAUCCUUCCGGGACUGUUCCACUGGCUCGGAACGAAAUCCUUGCCACCUCAGCAAAAUCACUGGCGUCUAAAAUCACCAAUUGAACCGUGCACAAAGCCGAGGCACUCAAUAAGGUGAACAGGAGAACACCGUCGUCUUCGUUGGUGGAGUUUGGACGAGCCACAAAAACCGGCUCGGAGACGAAAUGGCCGGGAUCUUUCCAAGAUGUAAUGUCACCACAAGUGGUGUCCACUUUCAAGAUCUUGGAACGAAAAAAAUAAAUGAAUGCUUUAGUUAGAUGUUGUCCUUCAGUCAUUUGGAUUGAGCUCAGUCGAGAUGGUGAAAGA